UGGUGGGCUGCCUAUUCAGGCAGAGCCGCGUGAGCUCUCCCCCGCGGGGACGGACGUGGGUGCGGGGCCCGGCUGCUGUGCAGUGAGCGCGCGGCGGUGCCUGCUACUCGCCUCCCAGCAUGGCCGGGCUGAGCAGCGGCGGCGGCGGCUCCAGCCUGGGACGGUGCAGCCACGCCGUGGUGCGGGCGCUGCCCGAGUCGCUGUCCCAGCACGCGCUGCGGAUAGAGAAGGGCAAGGAGGUGGACUUCGCCCGGGCCGAGCGGGAGCACCAGCUCUACGUCGGGGUGCUCAAGAACAAGCUGGGGCUGCAGGUGCUGGAGCUGCCGGCCGACGAGAGCCUGCCCGACUGUGUCUUCGUGGAGGACGUGGCCGUGGUGUGCGAGGAGACCGCCCUGAUCACCCGGCCGGGGGCCCCCAGCAGGAGAAAGGAGGUUGAUGCAAUGAAGAGAGCACUAGAAAGUCUUAACCUCAACAUUGUAGAGAUGACAGAUGAAAAUGCAACCUUAGAUGGUGGAGAUGUCUUAUUUACAGGCAGGGAAUUUUUUGUGGGUCUGUCAAAACGGACAAAUCAACGUGGUGCAGAAAUUCUGGCUGACACAUUUAAGGAUUAUGCUGUCUCCACAGUCCCUGUUUAUGACACUUUGCAUCUGAAGAGUUUUUGUAGUAUGGCUGGACCAAACCUGAUUGCCAUUGGUUCGACUGAAGCUGCGCAAAAAGCCCUCAAGGUAAAAUGCAUAGGAAAAUUACGUGAGAUAGGUGACUAA